AUGUCAAACAGAUCUUUGGUGUUCUUUCUCAGCACAUUUCUUCUAGCAUUUCCUCUGAAAUGCGACGCACGUCCGAGUUUUUGGGAAGGUUUGGGUCGCGGUGUGAGCGAGGGAUUGGACUGGGCUUUUGAUGGCUAUAACUGGUACAAUCACGGAGCUCGUCCAUUCAUGCACGAGAAAUGGCACACCGCUGUCGGCCACUUCGAUCGCUGGCAGGGCGACGAGGACACAGCCCGCAAAAACUUUGAUCGUGCCAGCUAUGAGAGGGCUCAGAUUUGGAAUGCGAGAAGAAGAGCU